AUGAAGUUACUUAUCCUUCUUGGAAUUGUGGCUUGUGCCACUGCCUUAGUUUCUAAGAUUCAACUGACCCGAAUUGAAAGUCGUAGAGUCAAGUUGAUGAGAGCAGGCUUAUGGAGAAGUCACCUGAAAGAAAAAAUGCUUCUUCGAAGUGUUCGGAAAUUCCAGUCAAAGGCCGUUGGAAAACAGGAAGUAGAUUUUUAUAUAAUUCUUUUGAAUUCUUUUGGUUUACUUUUUCUCUUUUGGAAGUCUAUAGAUGGAAACGUGAACGACUACGAUGACCUUGAAUAUGUCGGUAACAUAACCAUUGGUAGCCACAAAAACCAGGAAUUCUUGGUGGUUCUAGAUACUGGGUCUUCGAACCUUUGGAUUCCCGAUUCUAGCUGCACAACAACGGACUGCAAGAAGAAACAUGUAUUUGAUUCGUCCAAGUCCGAGACAUACACGAAGGACGGCCGUACAUGGAGCGUAUCGUAUGGUGAUGGAUCCAAUGCUAAAGGGUUCCUGGGCACUGACACCAUAACAUUUGGUGGUGUGAAAGAACAGCAACUAGCAGUUCCAAAACAGACUUUCGGCCAAGCUACAAGUAUGAGUGGAUUUUCUAGAGACGUUAUUGAUGGCAUACUAGGCCUUGGAUUCACAGCACUAGCUGAUGACCUCGUUGUACCCCCGUUCAUCAACGCAGUUAACCAGAAAUUGGUUGAUAAGCCACUUUUUACCGUAUGGAUGGCUCACAGAAACUUACAAAUGUCAUGUUUUUCUAAGGGUAUGAAAGAAGGAGUUAAAGGAGGAGUUUUCACGUAUGGUGACUAUGAUAAAGAAAACUGCGGAGCUGAAAUUGCUACGGUGAAGCUAACUUCCGCAACAUACUGGCAGUUCAAGAUGGAUGCCAUCGCAGCUGGCUCAUACAGCAGUAAAAAAGGCUGGGAUGUUAUCUCUGAUACCGGCACAUCUUUCAUUGGUGGACCAUCUAGCAUAGUUCAGGGCGUUGCUACUGCCUUGGGAGGAGAGUACGACUGGUACAACCAACUGUAUCUCGUUGACUGCUCUGCGAAGAAUGGUAACAUCAAGCUCACCAUUGGUGGAAAAGUUUAUGAAAUUGAGCCCGUCAACUACGUUGUUCAGGUAAGCGACACCCUUUGCGCUAUCGGCAUCUUUGACUUCGACUUUGGCGGCUGGGGACCGGCUUGGAUUCUCGGCGAUCCAUUCAUCCGCCAGUACUGCAACAUGCAUUACGUCACCGAGGAGAAGAUUGGCUUUGCUGUAUCAAACCAGAAAUAA